AUGAUGAAGACUCGCAGAAAAAGCAAGGCUGCCGCUGCCGCAGCGGCAGCGGCUGCUUCUACACGCGAAAACUCUCCUGCUCCAGCUGAGGCUACAACCUCCCAACCCACCUCCAUCACCGUCGUUAUUCCAGACGACUUGGACACUGACGUUCUGGCGAAUCUUUUGCCAGACAUUUCACUUACUUCGCCAUCACCAGACUCAAUAGUCGCUCUCUACAGAUGGAUCGUGACUCAGUUGUCUGAGAACCAGUCUGUCCAACGCGAGCUCGAAGAGACGCGUGCAGAAUUUGAACGUAAAGAAAUUGAACUUGACCAGGCACUCCAAGACCGAGAAAGUACUACAGCGGAGCUUGAGGCCACACUCGAAGGAGUGCAGAAGGAGUUGGCUCAAGUCAAACAGGAGAAAGAAGAGCUAGCUACCUCGAAAGUCACACUGCAGACUCAGAUCAGCGCAAUUUCGACUACGCAAACAGCUUCCUCAACGGAAGUUGAGACGCUGAAGCACCGUGUUGAAGACGUAGAACGCGAAAAGCGCGACCUUGUUGGCGUUGUGAGCAGACUCGAAGAUGGGAGUGCGCAGCGCGAAGAGGAGAUUCGGACACUGCGCGGCAACCUCAAACAGGCUCGUCAGGAACAUCAAGCGCUUGAGAGCCAAGUCAGAGAGCUUCGUUCGUCGGAGACGUCGACGAAGUUCAUGUUGGAUUCGGCCACCCAGCAGCUGGCACUUGCCAAGGAGGAAGCGGCACGGAUGUCACAGGACCUAGUGACCAAGUCCGACGAGUUCACCAAGUACCGCCGGGCGAAACACGCAGAGAUCUCUCAGCUGCAGGCCGCGCACGACGCCCUCGCGCAGACACACGCUGCCACGGAGAGCACGCUCAAGGCGUUGCAGUCUGCGCAGAUGUCGCAGUCGCACCAGCUGACACAGGCGUUGGAACGUGUGCAGGAUCUGACUGGGCAAUUGGCGGAGCAGGAAGCGACGUAUUCGAGCGAGGCAGCCGGGCUGCGGCGACUGGUGGAGAUGAUGGAGGCACGGGAGGUGCAAGCCAAGGCGAUCGUGGAUGGAAUCGAGAAGGAGUGGGCUGAUGUCGGUGAUCGCGCGGAGCAACGCGAAGCGGCACUGAGGGACGAGAUCGAGAACCAGAAGCAACGGGCGGAGGACGCGGAGAAGCGGAUGGAAGAACUGCAGGGCGUCCUUGACAAGAUGGAUCGGGGCGAAUUCCCCAUCCCGACUGUAUUUGGUGUCAGUGCGCCGAGUACUCCUGCGCGUGGGCCGUCGACCCUCUCGGCAAACGGCACAUCUGAUUUACUCGUGCAAGGCAUGAUGGGUCUGAGCCCCACUGUGGCAAUGGCGAGUAGGUCGCAGAAGGGUGGCAAGACGUUCACAGAAGUCUAUUCUGAGUUCGUGAAGUUGCAGGAGGAGUACGCGAGGAAGUCAGCGGAGUGCGACCACAUGGACCGGACGAUGUCCGCCGUCCUGGCCCAGAUUGAAGAGAGGGCUCCCAUUCUUACGCAGCAACGGGCGGAGUACGAACGACUGCAGUCUGAAGCAAGUCAACUUGCCGCUCAACUAUCUCAGACCCUGUCUGAACGGGAUGUUUACGCUGCAUCAGCAGAGGAGAACGGACAGAAGUUCGACAGCAGCACUCGCGAGAAUAAGCUCUUAUCGGUGCAGCUGGGCGAUCUUGGUCGACAAGUACGCGCCCUGACGAAGGAGCUUGGCCGUACGCAGGACCCAUCCAUUCCACCGGAUCAUGAACUGGAUCAGGACGACAGUCUACAGCCCGUGCAUGAUGUUCACACGGUUAUCACGAACAACCUGGUGCUUUUCCGCUCCAUCCCUGAGCUGCAGGAGCAGAAUCAACGGCUGCUCAAAAUUGUCCGCGAGCUGAGUGCGAAGAUGGAGUCGGAAGAGAAGGAGUAUCGCACAGCGCUGGAUCAGGAGGGGGCGGAUGCCGUGGUUGAAUCCUAUGAAGCGAUCAAGCGGCUGACGGAGCAACUGGAUGCCCAUAAGAAGAACAGCGAUCUGACUAUACAGGCAUACAUGAAGGAGCGGGACACAUUACGCAGCAUGCUGGAGAGGGAACGCGCCUCGGGUCGCCCUGCCCACGGUGUUAAUGGGGAGGACCUUAGUAGUCCUACUGAAAGUUCGGUCUCACAAUCCGAGCUUGAGAGACUACUGGCAGAAACCCAAAGUCAGUUCGAGGCCUACCGAACUGAAAUGGGUGACGACUCCACCCGGCUGCGGGAAGAAGCCGACACUGCGCGAAAAGAAGCCUCUUUGCAAGGUACAUCGCUCGCUAAAGCUAAUGCGAAGAUAGAAUACUUAAAUGAGCGUCAUCGUAUGUUGCAGGAACAGACGACAGUUCAAAGCCGUGAGUUGGAUAAUCUUACCAAACGCAACCAGCAGCUGUAUGAUCAAUACACCCGUAUCGACAUCGAGUGCAACCGUGUCUCUGAGGACUUGCUCACCACGAACGCUGCCGUCGAGCAACUGCGGAAUGAGCGUGCUAACUUGCUCGCUGAGAAGAAGAUCUGGGAGAGCGUGAAAGGUCGCCUUGCGGACGAUAAUAAGGCACUGGCUAUGGAGCGUUCGCAUCUCUCCGACUUGGUUGCCAAUGUUCAGAAGAUGCACAACGAUCUUGAGCGAUCCGGCGAGAAUGACAGGCGGCGUCUGGAGAACCAGAUCAAGAUGUUGGAGAACCAGACUCAGGACUUGCGGACUCACCUGCAACAGGAGCGCGGUUCCGUGAGACACCUGACCCUUCAGAAAGACAUCGAAUUGAAGGAGAUGCAAACUCGUAUUGACAAGAUGACAGAUGACUUUGCAAAGACUCGUGAAUCUCUGGUCAGCGCGGAGACAAGCAGAAAACAUCUUGAGGAGCGCGUGGAGCAAUUGACAAGACAGCUCCAGGGCAACGAGGAGAAGCUUGCUGUUUACGAGAGAAGAUCCAGUGGUGUCAACAGCGUCGCUCAGCGUACUGAUGAAGACCUGACACGCGGACAGGCUCUAGAGCAAGAGGUUGCUGAACUUCGGUCUGCACUGAAAGUUGCAGAGGUUGACUUGGUCGCUGCUAAAAGUCACGUUCAGCAGUUCCAGGAGAUCAGCCAGGCGAACGAAACUGCUCUUGCCACCAUGAAUGCUACUCAUGACGAAUACAAAGCUUCAACCGAGGCUGAACUUGCCAGACAGAAGGCUGCGUACGACGCCCUUCAAGAGCGGCUCCAGGCCAUACAGCAGGACUUCGUACAGACGACAGAGAAGUACGGCGAAGUACAUCGUACGCUUGAUACCGAACGAGUCGCAUGGGCAAACGACAAGAAGACGUUGGAGGAUACUAUUGUUGAUAUCACCACGUCCGAGAAGAACUCAGAGAGCGAUCGUGCAUCACGGGAGACUGAGAUCCGCCAACAAGAACAGCGAGCCAAGGCAGCCGAGGAGCGUUAUGCUCACGAGCUUAUGGCUCACGCUGAGGCUAUCAAGUUAGUUGAGGAUCUCAAGCGGCAACUAAGCCAGGCAACAUCUGUGUCCAGGGACCAUCGCACUGCUCGUGAAACAGCAGAGGCCAAGCUUGCCGCAUCUGAAGCUAGCUGGAAGCAACAGAAGGAUGCCCUCGACAAGGAGGUCUCAGACCUCCAGACGAGAUGCAAGGACCUGGCUAAUCAGAACAACCUCCUGCAUCAGCAUCUGGAAUCCGUCAGUUCGCAGGCGGCUCGCAUUCGCCAGGCUGUAGAUGCAUCGUCAUCCCUCGUCUCUGGAGAAGACUCCGCCGACCAAGAUACCAAGCUUUCUGAACUCCGCUCUGUUGUGACAUACUUGCGCAGAGAGAAGGAAAUCGUCGAUCUUCAACUUGAACUCAGCAAGCAGGAGACUACGCGUCUAAAGACUCAGAUAGAACAUUUGAAUCAGAGUCUGGAAAAAACCCGCAAUGAGCUUUCCGAGGAACGGGAACGUGCUGUUGAAGCCGCCGCGUCUGAUGCCCAACAUGCCGAAUUGGUUGACAGGAUCAAUCAACUUGCUAUUGUACGGGAAAGCAAUGCCACUCUGCGUGCAGAUUGCGAAAAGUACACUAGACGUUGCGUGGAGUUGGACGCCAAGUUGAAGCAAAUCUCUGUGGAGUUGGAUCCUGCGAAGGAGUCGUUGCGUGUUGCUCAGGCAGAACUCGAGGCGAAGAACGAGCAAAUCAAGCAUCUAGAAGAGGAGAGCCGGAAGUGGAGAGAGCGUAAUACUCAGCUGCUCACUAAAUACGAUCGUAUAGACCCUGCAGAAGUGCAAUCUCUCAAGGAUGAGAUUGAUCAGCUUACCACUCAAAAAGCUCAGCUGGAGAGUGCUGCUGCAGAGCGAACGCGGGAAGCUGACGAUCUGCAUGCGAAGGUUGCACAACUGGAAAGCGGUAACUUCAAGCUGAAGGACAUCGGAAAGCAGAACAAUGAAAGAUUCAAGACGCAAAUGGGCAGAUUGAAGGCCGAGGUCGAGACCCUGUCGAAGGAGCUGGCACCGCUCCGGGAUAGUUUAGCAACUCUCUCGAGCGAAAGGGACGAGCUCAAGACCAAGAUCCAAAGUGGAGUAUCUGAGCCUUCCAAAGAGCUGGAGCUUUCUCAGCAAUUGGAGGCAUUGCGUACCGAAAAAACUGCGUUGGAGAAGGCUCUUGUUGACGAGAGAUCGGCUCGUGCCAACGUCACCUCAGUUCAUGCCAUCGUUCAGCGGGAAAAGGAUCAACUACUUGCUGAGAAGGAGUCGUGGUCGACCACGGCUGCGAUUUCAGCUAGUGGCUCCCAGACGGAACAGUGGCCGUCAGAGAAGGCUGAACUUAUCAAGGCUCGUGAUGACGCUUCGGCUCAGGCUGAAGCUGCUGUCAGGCAAGCCCAGAAGGCCGACGAAGAUCACAAGCGCGCCCUCUCUGUCAACGAUAACCUUAAAGCGAUGAUAGACAGCUUGCAGAGGUCACGAGCCUCAGAGCAUGAGCGCGCCAUUGCGCAACAGCAAGCUGCCGUCAAAACGGCGGUGGAGGAGCUGAAACGUGAAAUGGUGCCUUCAACUUCUGCGGAGGAGACUGCUAGUCGUCAUGUACUGGAGCUGGAGGAGCUACGGGAUCGUUUGACGAAGCAGCAUCAGGAGGAACUCAAGGCCGCCAUUGAGAAAGCCGCUGCGGCUGCACGGCAAGAGGCUCUUGCACAAAAUGCACACGCUACCUCAGGGAAUCAGAAUCAGGUCAUCCGGGGUGCGAUAGCUGCUCAUGAGGCGAAGAUGAGGGAACACCUUGAAGAGGAAAUUGCUGCAGCCGUGGAGCGUGGACGCAUGGAGCAGGCGGCGAAAGUCAAGCUAAAAGACUCGCAGCUGAUCAAGACUCAAACCAGGAUGAAAGAAUUAGAGUUCAAAAUCAAGGAGUGGCAGGAUGCCGGUAUGAUUCCGCUCCCUGAUGCUGCACCAGCACCGGCUGCACCUCCAGCUGCAACGCCAGCUCCUGCCGCAGCAAGCACGUCUGCUCAUCCGCCUCCCGCAGCUGCGAGCACGUCUACUCAUCCACCUCCUAAACCUGCAACAGGUCCGACCGCUCCAACUGCCGCUUCUACGAACCGGACGCUUCCUCGCAGACCGUCUAUGCCGCAUCCUGCCGAUGGCCCCAGCCGCGGUCGAGGUCGCGGUAUCCCUCGAGCCUCCGCCGGCCUGAACAUUCGUGGCGCAGGGCGUGGUGGACCGCCAGUAUCGCCAACAUCCCCUAUGGAUGGUGUUUCGAUUAUCGGCGCGAGCAAGCGUGCAAGGGAGGACGGCGAAGCGUCGUCGGAUGACUCGCUGGUGAAGAGAUUGAAACCCGACGCCAAGCCUGUGCAGUUACGUCGGGAUCGUGUACCACCACCAUCUUGA